AUGGCCAGGAAACGCAACGGCGGUUCGCACCAAAAGACGGACGGCGCCCACAAUACUCACCCCAAGACUGCGACGACUACCCAUGUUCAAUAUAAGGCAAAAGAAAGACUUCAACACCAAGACCAAGCACAACAGCAAGAACGCGGCCGUAAUGGUGCACGUGGAUACGGUGGCAGGCGUGGACAUGGCGACCGGCGGAGCAAGUCGCCAGGGCGAGACAUUCAGCGCGAGCAACAAUCCAAGCAUCGAGACAACAGGCGCUCGCGCACCCCACCCCCAGCCAGAGAGAUCCGCGAUAGGCCAAUCAAGGUCCAAGAACUCCGCGCAAGUGUGACUACCGACGCCGCUGGACAGGUUUCCCGGAAGCGUAAACAAGAGGCAACUGAAGAUGAUGGACUGCAUGCGAAGAAGAAAGCGCGUGGCGGACCUGGAGAAACGCAGCCGACAAUGAUCGCUCACGGAAAAGAACAUGUACGCGCAACAGCACUGGAGAAAAGCAUUGAUGCAGGCAAGAAGGUCCCUAGCCUACUUGACCUUAAGUAUAUGACCGAGGAAGACAGGAAGAAGCUCCGUGAUGACAAGUUCAAACAGAAACCUGUUGUUUCUAGCAGACCUGCUGUAUUGGAGACAGUCUCUCAUGAGCUAAAGAGCCCUAAGACGAGACACGGUGUCAAAGACGGUUGUAAGAUCACAGCACCCGAAGCGGAGCCGGAGGCAAAGGCUCUUAUUCCACGGACCCCAAGUCAAAACACCAAAGCCAGCUCGCUAAAGCAGUUCGAUGCUAGCACCAAGACCGCGGCCACGAUUCUGCCCGAUACAUCCGUCACCAAGGGCGCCGCCUCAACCCCCAAGUCACGGCAACCGAGCGCAGGGGAGGAAAUACACAAGAUGGAAGACGCAAAGGCUGGCGAAAGCAUCGCAGGUGGCACAAAGCCAAAGCCUAGUUCUACUCCAAGCCAAACAGUUACACCGCCGGAUGAGCGCAGUAAGCGGAAGUUCGUGGAGUUAGAGAAUCCCGAGGUAGCUUCGUGCAAAAAGGCCAAAGCGAGCCACGAGGCUAUAAAGAGACGGAAUACUAAGAUCAAGAAGUCUCUGGAUGAUCACCACUUGUACGCUGAUCAGGAUCGCUUCCCAGAGGAAGGAGUUACCUUUGUCGACUAUGACGUGUACAGCAUACCCCUCCUGUGCUCCCAUACGAUUGAACAUCAGUACCCAUUCGAGGUUAUGGAUAAGCCUUCAGACAGGCUGAAACGGUCGUUCACUGAUGACAACGAGAUCCAUGUCUUUGGUCGUAAGAUGCUUGUUCUGCGGCAGGAAGCGCUUCGCCUAUCCAGGAAGAAGUUCUGGACGUCCGAAGACCUUGGCCGCAAAGAUGCUUCGAAAGUCGAGCCAACUAGAGACAUCGGCGACUGUGAUCUCUAUCUCUACAAUGGGAAGGUUCACGUCGCUACCGAGCGAGGACUUCUUCUAGCAGCAGAGUACCUCAAGCUCAUCGGAGUUCCGGAUAUGCAGCCAGUACGAUUCCAUGGGAACAAACCCGCUUGGAUGAGCCAAGUUACGCCCAAGCCGGAGCACAGGCGUGUGUUGGAAUCAUGGCAUCCUAGUGCAGCCUUCAAAGAAGGCGGCUGCAUCUCAAUCACGCACAGCUCUACCGUGGUAGUAUACGAGCAUGGCGUUUUCGACAUCGACCACAACACCGGCACGGAGACCCGAAUGGCCUACGGUGAGCGAGAGGAUGAUGGCGUUGUUGGUUGGUUCAACUAUUCGAAAACAUGUCGUAUAGACUGGCUCAAAGACCCAGAAGAGACAACUACGACCACACACGACCCUACCAUCAUUGACUGGUCAACAUUUGACUAUAGUCCUCUCGCAGCUCGAGCUGCAGCUCAACAAGCGGCGCAGCCGGAAAGCUCAUUACAGUCUCUGAUGCAUGCUGAGUCUCCAGGUCCUCGUGUCUCGCCAAAAGAGGGAGAAUCGCCACCGUCGAAGGUCAAGGAUGGCAGUAUUUCGCGUCAUGACAGUCCCAACUCCCAAUUUGGACAAAUUGCGGAUAAGGGCAGCAGCGAUGAUACUGGCGAAGACGAUGUAUCUCAAAGAACCAUCGAUGCCACGUUACCUACACAAGUCGCAAACGUUGGGUCUGUCGUGACACAAGAGACGGCGAUGGAUCCGUCCUUGAGUCCUCACCAGGCCUCACCAGGUCGUGACGGACCUGGAGGAUACCAAGGAUCUUCACAUGAGCCUACAGUACCGGUUACUAAAGCAGUGCGACCGUGCAAGACUCCGUCUACAGUAUCUCAACGCUACGAUGUUGAGGUAGAUUGGGACGAUACCGACAUCCACGAGGAUGAUGAAGCUCAAAACCAAAACCCAGAUCACAACAAAGAGGACGAAGAGCUUUGA